AUGGAAACCAUGAGGAUCACCAUUUCGCCAGCUCUUACCCAGACCUCUUCUCAAGCCAACUUCGGUGCUAUGAACAAUAUUGAGCAGUCUUCUCUUACCGAUUUACACUCUUCCAUGGUUCUGCAUGCCGUGUCUGUCAUCGAAGCCCACGCUCUCCUUUUAAAAGUGUAUAGGCUACUCUGGCAGUCCAUACGAUAUCUUCAGUGCUCAAGUACAAUGUCUUACCAGCCAAAGACAUGCACAAACUCCACAGAAUUGAGCACUGGGAGCGACACCCGUCAACAUGGUCCUCCAGACCCAGAACCACCAGCUGCACCACCAAUCAUCAUCCUGUCCCGAUCUGGUAAGGCACCUGCGCCCCACUUCCAGGUACCAGACCCUGCCGAUCAGCAAGUCCGGCCGCAACCACCUACGUCAUCCCCGUCGCUAGAAACCUCACAAUACAACUCCCAAUCUAUCGACACUUCCUCGCGUCCACCCAGUAAACCUGAGCCUGAACCGCAUCCAGCUCCACCUGUAAUUAUCUUGAGCAACGAAAAGUCCGCCUCCCCCCCUGCAACCUCCGCGCUACUCGCCCUUCCCACCAAAACACACAAUCCCUGUACAAUGGGGUCCAAGGUCAGCAAAGUCAAGGAACAAGCUUCGAACGGCAAGCUUCAGCCCAGCCAAGAGCGCCUGGACAAGGAAGAGAUGAAGGAGCCGAACAACUACUACACGCACCGCAGCAAGAGCAUGCGUCGGAAAGCUGGCAAGACUGGAGCUGGCGUUGAUGCUGGAGGUGCACAGGGUGGAACGGCUGGAGGCGCAGGUGGUGGUGGUAUCGCAUAA